AUGUUUCAAGCAGACAUCGCAAUUCUUCCGAUGAUUUUCUUCGCCUUUUUCUCUUUCGCUAUCUCAACAGCUUUUGCUUGUUCGGAUCUAGUGAAUUAUGCAACAGGAGUAUCUGAUUGUUCCCGUCGUGCUUAUCUUUGUAAUCAAGCUGCCUAUUAUUCCUUGAUGACUACACAAUGUCCAGUUACUUGUGGAAGAUGCUAUAGUAAUUCAACAUCCUAUUCCACUUCAACUUCUUGUGUUGAUUUGACAAACCCAUAUACUGGAGUAUCUGAUUGUCCAAGCAGAGCAUACUUAUGUAAUCAAGCAAAUUACUAUUCAUUAAUGACAACUCAAUGCCCAAGAACAUGUGGAAGAUGUUCAUCAACAGUCACCGGUAAGUUCUAGGAUUUUCUAGAGAUUUGUAUAAAACUAAUUUUAAUUUCAGUAACAUAUUCCUCAUCCUCAUCUUGCACUGAUAGAACAAACCCAUAUACUGGAGUAUCAGAUUGUUCAAGCCGUGCCUAUCUCUGUAAUAAUUCCUUAUAUUAUUCAUUAAUGACAACACAAUGCCCAGCAACAUGUGGAAGAUGUUCAACAGCUUCAACUUCAUCAACAACAACUUCAACAUCUACAACUUGUGCUGAUCUUACAAAUCCAUCAAGUGGUAUUUCCGAUUGUCCAAAUCGUGUUGCCUAUUGUACAAAUGCUAUCUACCUUUCAUUAAUGCAAGUUCAAUGUAGAAAAACUUGCGGAUUCUGCACAUAA